AUGGGGAGCCCGAAUUCCCUGUCAAACAAGCCCGUUGCGGCAGUCGGGCUUGUGGCUGCUUGUUUUUUUGUCGCGUGUCUGAGCGGGUUAUCGAGGGCUAAUGCCGCGGGAACAAUACAAGCUGCAUGCACUCACGAGAAUCAGAUGACCACUUGUGUCUGCUCAGAAAGAUCGGUUGGGCGCAAAGAAGCAAGCGGCUCAACGGACACACCAACUUUGUCAGAGUCGAGUAACGGAAUCACUAUAGUGUGUCCUGCAUCGACAUUCAAGUUUAUGCCCAAGAAUGCGUCAGACGUAUGCGUUGCAACAACAAAACAAAAAGAGACCCUGCAGUCGUGUAAAAGCGAGACCGCCAAAACUCCCAUUGAAAAUUUCCUGAUUCAAGCCACCCAGGGCAACGUCCCCGCAUGGACGACGCCGACUCCGACAACCAGCAAUCAUGGUCACUCCCUAAUCCUUCCCCAAGAGACAUUUCCGUUGACUGACAAAACAUUUUUCGCCGGCUGCCUAAACACAGGAGCCAAGAAUGACGAGUGCGUGGUGAAGGUCAGCGUCAAGGCCAGGACCUCGGCUGUGAAAGACGGUGUCUUCACUUGCGCCUACGGCGAAGAGAGCAACUCGUCUGUUCCAGAAGUAACACUGAAUUCCGAAAACAACUCGCUGACUAUCCAAUGCGGCGAUGAGGGACAGAUGGAGCCGACUCAGCAAUCCUUGACUGCCUACCACUGCGUCGGCUCCAACACAGAUGAGUGCAGGAUCGUGAACCUCACUGAUGUCAUGCCGACCUUCACAUCGAGCUGGUGGACAACGGAUGAGCUGAACUCCAAGGCACCGAAACUGGUGAUUCCGGAAGACGGCUUUCCUGCCCAGGAAGAAACGAUUCUCUUGGGAUGCAACCUAAACAACAACGUCUCGAGGCAUGAGGACGAUAAUGGAACCACAGCUGCUCAGCUGCCGACAUGCAAAGUGAAGGUGACACUUGCCGCGAGUUCGUCCGGGUCCCAGGCCUCGAGCGUUUCCUUCCGCGGAUUGUUUGUGUUGGUCUUUGUUCCCCUUGUUCUUCUUGGCACAUGCUGA